AUGGAAGAAAUCAAUUACUCAUUUGGUGCAAAGCCACCGGAUGUCAAGUCGCAGAGAGUUUGUUGUGGAUGUCAGACCCCCGAAUCAGCCAGCAAGCCAUUCCAGCAGCAAUGUCCCCGGUGUUCUGAGGAGGGAUUCAUUCCAGCACUCUUCUGCUCCCAGGCGUGCUACAUGCAGGCGUGGCCACGGCACAAACAAUGGCAUGCAGAUAAUGCAUCCUACAUCAAAAUGUACUCGCAACACAUGGAUAUCGCCCCCAGGAACAGAUCCCAACACGAACCUGCGGACCCCACGGAGCAUGCACCCAAGUACUAUGGCCUCGUUGCCACCGCCAAAUCCAAAUUUCAAGCCGGCGACUUGAGUGGCUCCAAAAAGCUCCUCCGGAAAGCCAUGAAACUCGAUACCCGACGACCAGAGGCAUUUGACAAGCUCACUGUAUGCUACGAAUAUUCAGGACAGAGAAACGAAUCCAAUUUCUAUUUUAUGGAAGCAUUCAAGCGAUAUGCCUUUGUGGCCUUGGCCAAAUUUGGAAACGUUCAAGAUACCGAUCUGGCAUUCUAUGCAUGGUCAGGUGGUGUGUUUUCUCUAGCCAAAGAAUACUUUGACAACCCAGAGUUGGACAAACCGGAUUGGUGGCAUCACGAUGGAAUGGUCCGGCGAAUUACCAAAAUGGCCAUUGGUGGACUCAACGCGGAAUCCAGUACAAUCCCAUACCAGAUUGGUAUUGUCUAUCUCUUGCAAGCAUUUGCAUUGGCGGGCAUUGUCCGUCAUUUUCAUGCUUCGUUCCAUGGUGCAGAAGUCACAAUCCCAGAAGACCGCACUCAUGAAGAGCUGGUGGAGGCCUAUGUGAUCUUCAAAAAGGCAACCAAAAACACAAUUGCCACGUCUACAGCAGCCAUUGAUUCAUUUUUUGAGUCUGCAGUGUUGGAAGCCAUAAGGACAAGACAUGCACAGGCCAAACAAGAAGUGAAUAGUCCCAUGAUUGCAAAGCCCAGUUUGUGCCAAGCAGGUACAUUGGUGUUUGCAUUUGGCCUUGAAAGUCUAAAAGUUGGGAUGGUGUCCAGAGAUGGGUUGCAGGAUGGCAGUGUUGCUGUGAAAGUAGAUGGUUUCAAUGAUCUCCAGCUGAUACCUUCAGGAAAUCUGGUAGAAACUCCAUUCAAGGAGAGAGAAGUGGCCCUCAUUUGCUGUUUGGGGGAUGCAGACCGGUGCAAGGUUUUGAGGCAGUUUACCACUGUCAUGCCAGAAGGGUAUCAACAAAACAUUAAACGCUUUCAUCAUGGGCCGCCGCAACGAAGAUGUGCAGGCCAGGAAAUUACAAAAAUAAUCUGA